ACUUGCUCAUGCCUACAAUUUGCCGCCACUUUCUUUGCCGAAACUCGAUUUUCUCCGGUGAAAAAAAAAACGUAUUCUAUCUCUACUAUCAAUCGAUUUCCUAUUUGCACGACGGCGAGAAUUUUGACUCAAAUUGAGCUCUGUCCAAUCAACAAUGACGAUCGAUUGUCUCGUUCUCGGUGCUGGGCAAGAAGUAGGGAAGAGCUGCGUGAUCGUCACCAUCAACGGGAAAAGGAUAAUGUUUGAUUGUGGGAUGCACAUGGGCUACGAUGAUCAUCGGAGAUUCCCAGAUUUUUCUCUCCUCUCGAAAACCGGCGAUUUCGAUAACGCGCUCUCUUGUAUCGUCAUCACCCACUUUCAUUUGGAUCAUGUUGGUGCGCUGCCUUACUUCACGGAGGUGCGCGGAUAUAAAGGGCCUGUAUACAUGUCGUACCCCACGAAGGCAUUGGCUCCACUGAUGCUUGAGGAUUACAGGAGAGUGAUGGUGGAUCGAAGGGGCGAAGAAGAGCUAUUCACCACCGACCAUAUCACGAAUUGCAUGAAGAAAGUUAUUGCAUUGGAUCUGAAGCAAACAGUUCAGGUUGAUCAAGAUCUUCAAAUCCGUGCCUAUUAUGCUGGGCAUGUCCUUGGAGCUGUGAUGAUUUAUGCAAAGGUGGGUGAUGCGGCGAUUGUGUACACUGGAGAUUAUAAUAUGACUCCAGAUAGACAUCUAGGAGCAGCUAAAAUUGACAGACUCCAUUUAGAUCUUCUCAUAACAGAGUCCACAUAUGCAACUACUGUUCGAGAUUCAAAAUAUGCACGGGAGAGAGAGUUUUUGCAAGCCGUUCAUAAAUGUGUUGCCGGUGGAGGAAAGGCGCUGAUUCCCUCAUUUGCUCUUGGAAGGGCCCAGGAGCUCUGUAUGUUGCUGGAUGAUUACUGGGAGCGUAUGAACAUAAAGGUUCCAAUAUACUUCUCAGCAGGUUUGACCAUCCAAGCGAAUAUGUAUUACAAAAUGCUCCUCAGCUGGACUAGCCAGAAGGUUAAGGAGAAGUGCGCUGGGCAUAAUCCAUUUGAUUUUAAGAAUGUUAGGGAUUUUGAGCGUUCUUUUAUACAUGCUCCUGGUCCAUGUGUUCUUUUUGCUACACCUGGGAUGCUCAGUGGCGGCUUCUCGCUUGAAGUGUUCAAGCACUGGGCUCCUUCUCCAUCAAACCUCAUUGCCUUGCCUGGAUAUUGCGUGGCUGGUACUAUUGGUCAUAAGUUAAUGUCCGGUAAACCCACAAAGAUCAAUCUCGAUAAAGAUACCCAGAUUGAUGUCCGUUGCCAGAUACACCAAGUGUCUUUCAGUCCUCACACGGACGCAAAAGGAAUCAUGGAUCUGACCAAGUUCCUCUCGCCAAGGCAUGCUGUACUCGUGCAUGGAGAGAAGCCCAGCAUGAUGUCCCUCAAGGAGAAGAUCUCCUCUGAGCUUGGAAUCCCCUGUUACGUCCCUGCAAUCGGCGAAACGGUUUCAGUCCCUUCCACGCAUUACAUCAGAGCAAAUGCUUCUGACAUGUUCCUCAGACACUGCUCCACCCCUAACUUCAGGUUCUCUAACUCUACUCAGCUGCGUGUCAUCGACCAGAGAGUUGCCGAUUCGGUUUUAAUGGUAGAGAAUAACAAAAAGGCGAAGAUUGUUCACCAAGACGAGGUCUCUGAGAUGUUGCAGGAGAAGAACCAUGCAGUGACUCUGGCUUUAUGUUUUCCACUUAACGUGAAGGGGAUCACGGAUCUUGAUCUGAUCAAACGGCUGUCUGAGAAGAUCUCGGAGACACUAUCUGGAUCUGAGAUCCAAGAAUCUGGGAACUGUUUGCAAGUUGGAUCUUUCAGAGCCUCAGUGUGUCCGAACGAGAACUGCUCGCAUAGAAGAGGGGUAAGGUCUAGUGAGUCUGUGUUCUUGUGCUGCAGUUGGUCUGUUUCAGAUUUGGAGCUUGGUUGGCAAAUCAUCAGUGCAAUAAAACACAACCCUUGAUCCUACAAUCUUGGGAAUUGUAUCCAAUAUUCACCUGAAAGGUUGACUAACAUAUGUUUACUGUAUCUAAAUUACGUUGGAAUAACUGGGAAGGAAAAGUUCAGUUUCUAAUUUAAAACCUCAAA